AGAAAAUCUCUCUCUGUGUGGUCAUUAUAUAGUUCCAUCAGGGGGAAAUAGUGAGGAAGCUAAGAAGAGUAAUGGGCAGUGCAGCCACAGAUAAGCUACUUCCAGAGUCAGGAAAGGAAGAGGAGGAAGAGGAAGAGAAGCAGCUAGGGAAGAGAUUGUGGGUAGAAUCAAAGAAACUAUGGAUAGUAGCAGGACCUGCCACCUUGACCAGAGCAUCAAUGUUUGGGGUGUUUAUUAUAUCACAAGCCUUCACCGGUCACCUUGGAAACACUGAAAUGGCCGCUCUCUCGGUGGUUUUCCAACUACUCACCCGUUUCUCCAUUGGAAUACUGAUGGGAAUGUCCAGUGGACUAGAGACUCUAUGUGGCCAAGCAUAUGGAGCAAAACAGUAUCACAUGUUGGGUAUAUAUUUGCAGAGAUCGUGGUUGGUUGAAACAGCAGUCUUCCUACUCCUUAUCCCUAUUUUCAUCUUUAGUGCUCCAAUUUUCAGAUUACUUGGACAAACAGAAGAGAUAUCACUAAUGGCAAACGUCAUUUCCCUUUGGUACAUUCCCAUAAUCUUCUCCUAUGUCUUCCUUUACACACUCCAAAUGUACCUUCAAACCCAGAGCAAGAACAUGAUCAUUACAUGGUUAUCAGCCGUCACUCUAAUCCUUCACGGUUUCUGCUCUUGGAUCUUAGUAGAUAAGUUGGGUUUGGGCAUCCCAGGCGUUAUGAUCUCUAUGAAUAUCGCGAGUUGGGUUCCGAUAGUAGGUCAGUUAAUCUUCGUUUUCUACGGCGGUUGUCCACAAACUUGGACUGGAUUCUCUCUGCAUGCAUUUGCAGAGUUAUGGCCGGUGUUCAAGUUAUCAAUUUCAUCAGGUGUAAUGCUUUGCUUAGAGUUAUGGUACAACUCAAUGUUAAUUCUGUUCACCGGGCACACCCAAGAUGCUCAGAUUAUAAUUGACGCUCUCUCCAUCUGUCUUAAUAUCAAUGGUUGGGAGUUGAUGUUUUCGUUUGGCUUUCUAGCGGCUGCCAGUGUUCGGGUCAGCAACGAGCUUGGAAGAGGAAGUGCAAAAGCAGCAAUUUUCGCAAUCAAAGUGGUUGUAGCAACUUCUAUAACGGUUGAGGCUGUGCUGUGGAUCUUAGUGUUGGCCUUCAGACAUAUAGUUUCCUAUAUAUUUUCGAGUAGUGUGGAGGUAGCUGAUGAAUUUUCGGACCUCUCCCUCUUGUUGGCUUUUACACUCAUAUUGAACAGCAUCCAACCUGUUCUCUCUGGUGUGGCUGUUGGUGCUGGAUGGCAAGUCAUUGUAGCAUAUGUCAACAUCAUUUGCUAUUAUUGCAUAGGACUUCCUAUUGGGCUGUUGCUUUAUUAUGUGGGCCAUCUUGAUGUGAAGGGAAUAUGGAUAGGAAUGAUUAUUGGCACUUUCAUUCAAACGUUCGUCCUUCUUUAUUAUGUUUACAAAACAGAUUGGGAUAAGCAGGUAGCUAUAGCAAAGGAAAGGGUGAAUAGGUGGGUCCUCCCAGCUCCAGAUGAGAAGGAGAACGAUUCCUCAAUUUAGCAAAAAAAAUUUAUUCACAAAAAAUUAGCAAAUUGAUGCUAAUUAUUAAGGAAAAAAAAUGUGUGUACUUCUUCAUAGAUGAUUUACACAUCUUUGAGAUCACUUUUUUUUCCGAUGUUGUAGACCUAUUGUAUGAAGGUUUUGAAAUUUCCGGUGAAUUGAUUUGGGUGAUACAUUUUUUUUUUU